GCGCGAUCCGGUCUUUCAUUUGAGAAAUGGACGUCGUCGUCGUGAUCCUCUUGACGCUCUGCAGCGCCGUCACCGGAGACGACAAGGCUACACCGCCCCCGGUACCGACGGCCCCGAACGGCCUCCCUCUGUGCGCAAUGAUGGAAGGCAUCGACGGCUACUUCACGCCGCUGUACGACCAGCCAGCGUUUGCGCGUUGCAUGCGCGAGGCCGACAUGGCCGACGUCGACUUUCUCGCGUCCAGCGAGCCGCCGUCCGAGGCGCAGCUCGAGCUUUUUUUUCAUAGCAGCUCGUGCCGAACUCUGUACUCAGCACUGCUCCGCGUGCUCACCGAGGAGAUGCCUCUGUGCGCCAUAGACCGCACCGGCACGUCCAUCAAGACGCUCGGCGAUAAGACAUUUGACGAGCUUCAACAUGCGCUGCUGACGAGCCAAGCUGAGCAUGGCUGGAUGACGUCGUUCAACCUAUAGUCGAAGUGUUUGUGAAGCAAGAGUAAUUAUUCGAGUCGUUGUUUGAGCCCAGGAUA